AUGGGCCGACACGCGAAGAACGACCAGCCAAGCAAUGGCACCACAACUUCCACAGCACCAGACUCGCAAAUCAACCACAGCGCCGCGCUGGCCUACUGGUCCUCCACCGAGCCCACAGUCAACGGCGUCCUAGGCGGCUACCCGGAAGUCUCGCGCGUCGAUUUGCAAGGAAGCAACAACUUCCUCGCCAAACUGCGGCGCGGCGGCAAUGCGCAAAGCUCUCUGCCUGCACCGCCACGAAAACUACGGCGGGCGGUCGAUUGCGGAGCCGGGAUUGGGAGGAUCACGACGGGACUAUUGGUCAAGGUUGCGGAGAAGGUGGAUAUUGUCGAGCCGGUGGUGCAGUUCACAGAUGUGGUGAAAGGGCAAGAGGGCGUGGGAGAGGUGUACAACAUUGGCUUGGAGGACUGGAGGCCGCGGAAAGAGGGCGGCACAGAAUAUGAUUUAAUCUGGAAUCAGUGGUGUGUGGGGCAAUUGACGGAUGCACAGCUCGUGGCGUAUCUGAAGCGAUUGCCGGGCGUGCUGAGUGUUGGGGGAUGGAUUGUGGUGAAGGAGAAUCUGAGCACGAGUGGGGAGGAUGUGUUUGACGAGACGGACAGCAGUGUUACGCGGACAGACGCCAAGUUCCGGGCAUUGUUCGAGGAGGCGGGAUUGAGGCUCGUGAAGACCGAAGUGCAGAAGGGGAUGCCUGCGGAUCUGUAUCCGGUGCAGAGCUACGCUUUGCAGCCGAAGUGA